AACAAAAACACCUGCACUGAUAUUACAGCAGUAACUAAUACCACAGACAGAGGGAGUCCUAAUGUAACAAAUAAGCAAGGACAGUAUUCUUUCCACCGUGACUAAUUUCUAUACUUUUCAACAGAGGUGCAGUUCUUAUUUUCCUCAUAUGUGGGCGCUGUGCUGUUAAAGUGUGGGAGGAAACUGAUCACGUUUUACUACAUCAGACACGUACAUGCAAUAUGAGCUCAGUUUAAAACAGACAUUCAUACGUUCAACAUGAUCCAAGCUGCCAGUAUUAUAUGGGUUUUAAUGAUAUGUCACAGAGGGUUUUCUCAGAGUGAUCGUGUCUUCCAGACUCCUCCUGAUCUCUUUGGCAACCAUAAACAAUCUGUUAAAAUCCAGUGUGAACACAGUGUAAAAAAUUAUGAUCAAAUCAACUGGUACAGAGAAACUCAAGACCAGGGACUGACCUUAAUUGGAUAUCAAUAUAGGACGUCAUCACCACAGAUUGAAAAUGAUUUUAAACUGAAAGUGGAGAUCGCUGGGGAUGGAAACAACAAUGUCUCUUUGACCAUCAAAAAUCUUUCAUCCGAUGACAGUGUGGUGUACUUCUGUGCUGCGUAUUACACAGUGCUGCAUCUCUGCUUUAUUCAGUACAAAAACCCUCUGUGUAAAUAUUCUCAUCACUUCAUUAACACCUGCUCCCGUGGCCUGGAAUUGACACAUUGCCAGAGUUUUUACAGAAAAGUCACAAGAUUACAGGCAGUUAUAUCACUUAUAAAUGUAAAUGUAAUAAUUUAUCACAUUUCUUUCAUCCAAGUAACUUACAGGUCAAGCAGAGACCAGGAGUUGUUGAGGAGUUAUUAUAAUAAAUUUCAAGACAAAUAUGCAAUUACAGCAGUUAAGACUGUAACACUCACUACAGCACUGAACAAAGAAUGAUCACAAUGUGUGGAUAUUCAUCUGGUCUUUAGGUGGUGCUGUAGUUUCACUCAUUUAUUUAGUGGGUGGAGGAUGUGAGCUGUUA